ACCAAGCGAUUUCUUUUCUUUUUUUUGUAUCUGACUAUUCAAACCAUCAUGGCAACAUUAUCUGGCUUUAGUGUGGAUUGCUUGCAAAGCAUAAAUCCUCCUUUCAGUUCUUAGGGUUAGAGAAGUGGUUCAGUUUUCCCUAUAGGAGAAAGAAAAGGGAGGAGAUAAGGUAGUUGAUCUGUCUGGCUCAGUUGUAAAAAGAAUAAAAUACAAAAGCCUGGUGCUAAGAUUGAUUACUCCGCCUCUCAAAAUGCCCUUUUAAAGGCUUCCUAACAAAACUGCAGUAUCUCACAACAGAAGAAGCAAGCAUGACUGAGAAAACUUUUGCAGAAGAAAUAGAAAAGGCCCUGGAAAAAUCCAAAGGUCUUAACCUCAAGGAACUUCUGUUUUGCUACAAUGGGACCUUCUAUCCCACUACUGUAUGCAGCACGGAAACAUUCCAAGCCCUGGAGAAUUUUGAAGCCAGAAAAGAUGAUUUGGUGCUGGUGUCUUAUCCCAAAUGUGGUGUUAAUUGGCUGAUUCAAAUUGUGAAUGAUCUGAUUGUCACAACUUUGCAAACUAAGCAUGAGAAUGCAGAACUGCCUUUCAUUGAAUGUGGAGAUCCUGAAAAGUGUCAGAGGAUGAAACAGUUUCCAUCUCCAAGGAUUGUGGCCACACACCUCAAUUACAACCAUCUUCCUAAGUCCAUCUUUAAAAAUAAAGCCAAGGUGCUGGUGAUGUUUCGAAAUCCUAAAGAUACAGCUGCAUCAUUUUUCCAUUUUCACAACAAUGCUCCAAGCGUUCCAAGUUAUAACUCAUGGGAGGAGUUCUUUUCAGAAUUUAUGAAUGGGACAGUUGCCUGGGGAUCUUAUUUUGACCAUGCAGUCACCUGGAACAAACACAUAGAUGAUGAAAAUGUUCUGCUGCUGACAUAUGAAGACUUAAAAGAGGACUUGUUUAAUGGAGUGAAACAGAUUGCUGAGUUUUUCGGUUUUGCUUCUACCAUGGAGCAAAGUCAAUCUAUUGCAGAUAGGGCUUCCUUCGAAGUGGUGAGGGAGAGAUCAAAGGAGACACAUGGCGCAGCUGGUCCACUUCUCUUCCGGAAAGGUGUAGUAGGUGAUUGGAAGAGUCUUUUCAAUGAAACACAAAACCAGAAAAUGGAUGCAAAAUUUAAGGAGUGUUUAGCAGGAACAAAGCUGGAAGCAAAACUGAAGUAUGAUGUAUACUGCAAAGCCUGAAAGUGUGAACGGUUUCAUUUUAAUUACCAUUCCUUUCAUACACUCGAGAAAAAACAAGCACAUUUUUCUGUGGCAGUUUUCAGAGACUGCAGUACUGUUUAGUGUCAGAUUUCUAGGAUGCAUUUUUCUUAAGCAGGGCCUUUUAAGAUACCCAAUAGAGCACUGAAUAUAAUGACCUCACCAUCUUCCCUCCCUCAGAUGCAGGAUUUUCCCUCUGUUUUCCUCUUCCUUUCUGACUGAGCAGCCCCUUUAUCUAUUUUCUUCUUUCCUGAGAUCUCUGGUUGUCUCACCAUGUCAUGUUAUUGUGGGCAAGAGACAAAAUUACCCUCUUACGCUUCUGAAAUGGCACAAAAGAGACUUUGUAACAUUCAAAAAUAAAAUAUUUUAUUUAACAUA